GAAGUUCACUGAUUGAUGUUUAGACAUCCACUCUGUGCUGCCACAAGAAUUAGUUCAGACAUCCAACAAAUAAUUCAUCUAAUGAAAAUGCUGCCCCAGAUACAGGAUUUGUUUUAUGUUUGUAGCCUUAUUUUGGAGCAGAUUUUAUUAAAACAAUAUUCUAAGUCUUCCAUCAAAAUAAAUAUGGAAGCACAAAGAGAAUGAGUCUAUCUGGCAUAACACAUAAAUAAGCUAUGCAUACAUUUGAACUUGUUUUGAUACUUACAUGUAAUGACUGAAUGUAGGGUUAUAGAGAAUUUCAGACUCCUCCUCAGGGACGACACCUCCUGUCAGCCCUCCCCUCUGCUGGAAGAGUCGCUCUGGUUUUUUCCUUCUGCACCAGUUUCAUCUCAUUCUGAUGUCUUCAGCAGCUAGCACUGUGAAGCGGGUCUCUGUGAUCUUUAAAUGUGUAUGGUUAUAUUUGCUCCGAUUUUUGCCAUUUGUGCAUUUGCAACAUGUGGAGGAUACUUUGGUCAUCUCCAGGUUAAAGUGGACUGUGCUGACAGGAGACAGAGCAACCUCAGUAUCAACAUUGAUUUUGCCUAUCCUUUCAGAUUACAUCAGGUGCACUUUAAGGUCCCCUUGUGUGAGGAGAAGAGAGAAGAGGUCAUUUUCCUAGAUGGUGACUUCUCCUCAGCCGCUCAGUUUUUUGUGACUGUGGGUGUCUUUGCUUUUCUUUACUCCCUUCUGGCAACCAUCGUCUACAUCUUCUACCAGAACAAGUAUCUGAAGAACAACAGAGGCCCACUUGUGGAUUUUGUUGUUACUGUCAUCUUUUCCCUCAUGUGGCUGGUCAGCAGUUGCUUUUGGGCUAAAACUCUUUCUGAUAUCAAGACGGCUACAAACCCAACGCAGGUGCUUCUUCUCAUCUCCGCCUGUAGAGCUCAGGAAAACAGGUGUGCAGCUACAGAGGAGCCUCUCUGGUCUCGUCUUAAUACAUCUGCUGUGUUUGGUUUUGUUAAUGUUGUCCUCUGGUCUGGGAAUAUUUGGUUUGUCUUUAAAGAGACAGGUUGGUACAAGACUGGUCAGAGAUACCCAACGAGGAGUGCUUCUGGGAAACAUUCAAGUGAGAUGCGACAGCGACUCUACAGCGAGAGCAGCUUCGACCAGCCAGAGGAGAGUUUUGGUCCCUUCAGACAAGACAGUUUCAAUCAGUCAAAGGGGGAUUUCAGUAAGCAGAUCCAAAGACAAGCUAGCACCAACCAGUCACAAGUCAGCUUUAGCUUACCACAGACAUAUCUUGGCAAAACAGUUAUUUAUGAAAGGGAGAAUAACUUAGCUUCUCAAGGACCGAGGAUUUUUGUCAAUGAUAUGUGAGAAGAGUUUUAAAGUCAACAGCAGAGUGAGGUGAUGGGUCUUCAGUAGCUAAAAGUUUGUUGUGCCGCUACUGAUUUACCUGUGAGCAUUACAUUCUGAGAGCUGAAGGAAACAAGAUGAUGGACAUGUUACCUGUACAAAGUAAUUUAUAUCAGGCCAGAUAGCGACUUGCUUACAAACGUAGAUUUGCUCAAAGUGAAAGUUGAUGCAGUCAUUGAAGAAAUAUAGUGCGGAAAAUGUGAUUAUAAUGUUAUAAAAUGUAUUAAUACUCUCUAAAUGUUACAUUCUGGAAAUCAAAUAGAAUGUCUCUUCAAGGACCAUUCAUAAGAGACAACAUAAGAUACUGUAACUUUUUGACUGUCCUACUAGUUGCUUUAGCUGUGAAGGCUCAUUACAGCAUAAUGUUUCCAGAAAGCUAUUGUUUUCAUUUGUUUAUCUCAUCCUUAUUCUUCUUUACAUGCACUCAUUGUACAAAUAAUGUGGUUGUUUCAGCAUGAUGAUUGGGCUUGAUGCUUUUAACUUGACCUGUCAAACACACCAAACCUACAGUUUAUUAUUUGAAUUGUAAUACACAAUGUGUGAAGCAUGUGAAAAAGUGUAGAAUCAGAAAAAAUACAUCUAAACAGCGUGCUUAGCUUCUCUUGAAGGGUUUGAUUUAAAAGUUUAUCAGAUGUGUCAUUAUUGAAGCAUUUUCUGAUAUUCUAAUGUGGUACUUCUGUUUAUUUAGAUAUUGUAAAUUUAAUAUAAAGUUAUUGUUAAAAUUAUAUAACUAAUGUCUGAUUUAAACAAUUUUUUAUUAUUGUUAUUGUAUUUGAUUUUGUUUAAAUGUGUUGAGUUGUUAGAUGUGGUUGCUCCUUGGUAUCAAUGGGAAAAAAAAACUUGUGGGGAAAAAGGCAAGUAAGCCAAAAUUUCCUAAUUUGACUGUUAAAGAAAAAAAGUUGUUUCAUUUGUCAUUACUUCUUCAGUAUGUUCAUUCAAUGAUACUUUGAUUUUUGGUGACUGAUUGUGUCCACCAUAAGGUGAUCACUAACUUGGUUUGCUUGUUUGCUUUUUCGUAUUGAGAG